AUGCAAGCAGGGCAACCAUUUGUGGCAGGAGAAGGCAGUUUGGCAGCAGAGUUGAGUUUGGCAGCAGGGUUGUUUUGCAGAGCAGCAGCAAGCUCGUUUAUGGUGAAGCCACACCUGAACUACGUGAAAAUCUUACAGCCAGAAGCAAAACAAAACACUCUAAAGCCUUCUAGCCGACUAACCGGACGCAGACCAAAAAAAGACAAGAUGGUUGGAUCUCACUGGACAAGCGCUGAACAAAGAGAUUACCUUGAGUCUCAAUUCAGCGAGUUCCUGAAACAGCAGCUUCAGGGUACUUUAUUAAAUUUCUGGUCUAACAUUAGCAUGGAGUUCUUACAGCGAUGGCCUGAAAUCAACGUGCUGCACCCAGACAAGUCACCUUCGGAGCUUAGUGAGGCUGAGAAUAUGGAACUGGGAAAGGCAGUUGAGGCGUGCAAGAAGCAACUUAAAAAUUGGUUCAAUUAUAGAUCUCGCAAAAGUGGUCGGUCGCAACUCAACACAAUGACGAAAUCAAUUACCAAGAUGAUCGGCAACAAGGCAAAAGGAACCCGGGUCCAUACUGAGGUGGAAAUAUUUUCCAAAAUGAACUACAAUGCUGCUGUACGGUCACAGAUCAAGGAGAAAAUCAAGUGCGGCUUGCUCGUAACUAAGAACGAGAAAUUGAUGGCAGUCAGGGAGUCAACAAAAGCGGCAUAUGAGGCCGCGCCGUUAGAAAUUCAGUUAUUAUGGAAGGCGAAGGCUGCCGAAGAACGUGAAGCCAAGGCUUCUACUAUCCUCUCCGAAGCUGCAGCAACCAGAACACCUACCAACGCGCAGUAUGCAAAGGUGCUAGAGGAGUGUAUCAGCCCAAUAUCACAAUUUUUUGAUGCGGUGAGACAACUAACAGGUUGGGAGUGGACAGUCAUUGGUGGAGGCCCCAAUCCUUGCCUUGGAGGCAUGCUUAAUGUAUUGAGCUACCACACAGGCAUGAAUCAAGCUGGCCUUACGUGGAAGCAGGCGACUUCGAAUUUCACAGACAAGCAUCUCAACCCAUACCUGAGCUAUCUUGGGACAGUUUUUACCGAGGACGACAGGAAGAAGCAUGUGUUGGACUACAUGCCCCCUGCGGAACAAGAAGAGAAUUCCUUUGAGGGCCCGACGAUGUCGGAUGUGAGCACCUCAUUGCAGGCGGCUCUCUCAUUGCCUGCAGUGACCCCGAUGAGAGUCCCCAAAAGCCUGCUGCCCUUUGACUUGCCAGGGCCCUCUUGCAUCAGCUCACAAGGACUCAACGACUCAUACUCUUGGGAUUUUGAUCCCAGCAUUUUCAGCCAACCACCCUUGUCAUUGUUACCUCGGCCUCAAACACCCACACUCCCUGCAUUUCCAUCAAUGUCAUUGGUACCUCCUUUGGCACCUCCUUUGCCUGAUACUCCCAUCACAUCGUGGAGGAAGGAGUCCAAAUUCUGGAAUCCAAUGAGUAAUUUGACGCUGACAACAUCUCCCACUGCGCCUUUGACAGUGCCAACGUUCAACUUUGACAGUUGUUCUUUCACCACUCCUGGCAUCACACAGGAAGUUCCAGUUCCUCUCCCCAUGGUAACCAGUCAUCUCUCUGACGAAGUCGCCCAUCCUGCUGCUACUACUGCAGUCCACGAUGUUCCUCUCCCCAUGGUAACCAAUUGA